AUGGCUGCCGAAAACAAGCCGGAAGGACUGAAGAGAAUGCGUAAUCCGGAUCGAAUGUACAGAACAGCAGUGGGUUACACCGGCCACGCUCCUCCUAAGGGUGUCAGCGAUGACACAGACACCAACAAUGAACAUGGACAUCUGAAAAUCUAUCUGCCCAAAAAGCUCCUUGAAUGUCUGCCAAAAUGCUCCUCCCUGCCUAAGGAGAGACACCGAUGGAACACCAAUGAGGAGAUUGCAGCCUACUUGAUAACGUUUGAAAAGCAUGAGGAGUGGCUAACUACAUCCCCUAAAACAAGGCCACAGAAUGGGUCUAUGAUACUGUACAACAGGAAGAAGGUGAAGUACAGAAAGGAUGGCUACUGUUGGAAGAAGAGGAAAGAUGGGAAGACCACACGGGAAGAUCACAUGAAACUGAAAGUGCAGGGAGUGGAGUGUCUCUAUGGGUGCUACGUCCACUCCUCCAUCAUUCCCACCUUCCACCGCCGCUGCUACUGGCUGCUACAGAACCCAGACAUCGUACUGGUCCACUACCUGAAUGUGCCAGCCAUAGAAGACUGUGGGAAGCCAUGUGGACCCAUCCUGUGUUCUAUUAACACUGAUAAGAAGGAAUGGGCCAAAUGGACCAAGGAGGAACUCAUCAGCCAACUCAAGCCCAUGUUUCAUGGCAUCAAGUGGACUUGCAGCAAUGGGAACAGCAGCACCGGCUUCUCUGCCGAGCAGCUGGUGCAGCAGAUAUUGGACAGCCACCAGACCAAGCCACCUCCCCGGACUCACAACUGCCUCUGCACGGGCACCCUGGGUGCAGGUAGCAGCCUACAUCACAAGUGCAACAGUGCCAAGCACCGCAUCAUCUCUCCAAAGGUGGAUCCACGUUCAGGAGGAGCCUACAGCAGCGCUCACUCAGAGGUGCAGAACAACGAUGUGUCUGAGGGAAAAACUGAGCUGAGCCAUGCUAGCAACAAGAAUGGUCGGGCCGGUUCUGAUGGGCCAGGGGGAGCAGGGGGCGCUCGGGAGAAGAGAAACGGCAAGGUGCACAAACCGGCUCUCCUCCAGCAGAACAGCAUGGAAGUGUCCUCCACCAAUCAGGUUGAGAUCCCAGACACCACCCAGAGCUCCCCUGUUUCUAUCAGCAGCGGACUGAACUCAGACCCCGACAUUGCCGACAGCCCUGUAGUGACGGGCAUGAGCCACGUGGCCUCUGUAAUGAGCAGCCUCUCCCAAUCCGCCACAGUGUUUAUGUCAGAGGUCACCGGAGAUCCUGUCUACAGCAUGUCCCCUACCGGAGGCUCCAACACCCACCUCCUAGGACCUGACACAGCCUCUGGCAGUUUGGUGCUGGCUGUGGCUGCGGACAGCCACAAGUUUGCCUACCCCGGUGCGGUGGGUGUGGGACUUGGUGACACGGGUCCAUCUGAAGGGCUGUCUAUGCUCUCCACUGCAGGUGUGUCUGAGGAGCUGGUCCUGUCCAGCAGCCUAGAUUCUGGGACCAUCAAACUUCCUGAAACCAACAUGAAUUUUGAUCCUGACUGCUUCCUCAACAACCCAAAGCAGGGUCAGACCUACGGCGGAAAUGGCCUAAAGACUGAAGCAGGCACUGGCAGCAGUAGCUGCAGCAACGGUGGCCUGCCUUGCUCCCCCCCACUUUCUGACAACAGCUUUGGCUUCAAUGCCUCGCUGGUCAAGAACAUUAAGACCGAGGACACGUCGUUCGAGCAGCAGCUGGCUAAGGAGAGCGGCUACCAAAUGGGGGAUGUGGUGAGCGACACUGGAGGAAUCUCUGGAUCUACAGGCAGCAACUCAACCCAAGCCUCCCUGGCGCUGACACCCACCGGCUCACUGCUGCCCUCUGGAGGUGGGCUGAGUCCCAGCACCACACUGGAGCAGAUGGAUUUCAGCGCAAUCGACGCAAAGCAGGACUACCCAUCUAGCGUCAUGUCUGCAGCAGGCUACAGCCAGGCUCUACCCAGUCCACACCUGACCCAUCAGAGCCAUUCGCCAAGCUUCUUCCUGCAGGGUUCUCCUCAGUCCGGCCAGACUCAGAACCAUCAGAGCACCUCUGCCUCAGGACAGAAUGCCCAUGACUCAACUGCCUACAUGAACCUACCCGUGGUUAAGACCGACUCUUCAGCCACCAAUGGGCAUCUCCACCACCAUCACCACCACGCUCAUCAGAGCCAGCAUGGUGCCUCCAACUGUAAUGGGAACUCCCCGGUGGAGAGGAACGGGCAGGCCAGUGCUCUACAGCUGUUACAAUAUCAGACCCGCUUCCCCGGGUCAGGACAAGAGCACAAAGAGGUGGGAACCUUAGAGCAAACAGGCAGCGGAGAAACACGGGAGACUAACGGUCAAGAGAAAGGAGCUGAAAGCUUACUGAAAUCCGGGGAUCAUCUGCAGACUUGCGGAGGUAACAGAGCAGAAGGAGGAGGUGGUACUGAACAUUAUCUCCAACAGCCAGGAGAGAGCAGUGCAGCAGGAUCAGGGGGAGCAGCAGGAGGGGACAGUGGGACACUGUGCAAUGGCAAUGAGAGUAAUGGAGCAGACAACAGCUCUCAUCAGCAGCUCCAGCCCCUCCUACAGGGAGCCAGUCUGGUUCAGGGGCUCUUCGGCACUGUCGGGGCCCAUCAAGGUCUCAGCACCACCGGCAGCAGUAGCGGAGGCACCAUGGAGAUUAACCUGGAUCACUUUGACGUUUCCUUUGGGAAUCAGUUUUCUGACCUCAUCAAUGACUUCAUAUCAGUGGAAGGUGGAGGGGGUACCACAGUGGGGUCAGGGGGAAACACUCUCUACCCCCAUCAGCUGAUGGCUCAUUCGAGCACAGACGUGCAGGUGUCAUCUGGUACAACCUCUCAGCAGAGCACAGAUGACACAGGCACACAUAGUGCUGCAGGUUACAGCCCAGCAGAGGUCUGCCUUCAGCCAUGCUGCAGCCCUCAGUCAGCCCAGGCCCAGACUGGAGCAGUGACAGGAGAGACUGGUCAGCUGGCCUAUAUGCAGGUUGCAGAGGUGGUGUCUGCAGCAGUUGCUCAUGGGACAAUGGGAAUGCUCCAGCCCACCGGGAGGCUAUUUGUGGUCACAGACUACUCCCCAGAGUGGUCAUAUCCUGAGGGUGGGGUGAAAGUAUUGAUCACAGGUCCCUGGCAAGAGGCAAGCAGUGACUACAGCUGUCUCUUCGACCAGAUUACUGUACCUGCCUCACUCAUCCAGCCCGGAGUGCUUCGCUGCUAUUGCCCAGCGCACGACACAGGCCUGGUAACCCUGCAGGUUGCGGUGAGCAGUCAGAUUAUCUCCAACUCGGUGGUGUUUGAGUACAAGGCCCGAGCCCUGCCCGCCCUGCCCUCCUCCCAGCACGACUGGCUGUCUCUAGACGAUAACCAGUUCAGAAUGUCCAUUCUGGAGCGCCUAGAGCAAAUGGAGCGCAGGAUGGCAGAGAUGGCCGGCCAACAGCAACAGGGUAGCGGAGGAGCCUCUGAAGGCGGAGGAACUGGAGGUGGUGGAGGAGGAGGUGGCAACACUGAUCAGUCACAGCUCUCCCCAGGACAGGCCCAGGGUCAGGCUGGAAGUUCCUUUGAGAGCCGAGUGGUUGUGGUGUGUGAGAAGAUGAUGAACCGGGCCUGUUGGGCCAAGUCCAAACACCUGAUUCAUUCCAAGACCUUCAGGGGCAUGACCCUGCUGCACCUAGCAGCUGCCCAGGGUUAUGCCACUCUCAUCCAAACCCUUAUCAAGUGGCGCACUAAGCAUGCAGACAGCAUUGACUUGGAGCUCGAGGUGGAUCCUUUGAAUGUGGACCACUUCUCUUGCACUCCUCUGAUGUGGGCUUGUGCUUUGGGUCACAUGGAGGCAGCACUAGUUCUGUACAAGUGGGACCGGCGAGCCUUGGCUAUCCCUGACUCUCUUGGCCGUUUGCCACUCGCUAUCGCCCGCUCCCGUGGCCACACGAAACUAGCAGAGUGUCUGGAGAACCUCCAGAGGGAUGAGCAACAGCAGCCACCAGCCUCCCUGACUACAGCACCCAACAUGCCUUUCUCCCCAUCUGCUGAGGGUCCCACAGCUGAGGGCUGGAUGGAUGUUUGGGGCAAUGAAACUUCUUCUGUUGGACUGAGAGGCAGCGGUACCACUAAUAUCACAAGCUCUGCCACCACCGCUAACCCAGACUUGAGAAGACCAAGGUCUGAACCAUCAAGCUUUUAUAACAGUGAAGGCCAAGAAGAUGCACCACUAGCCAAGAAACACAAACCCAACCCUGACACCCAACAGAGCCGGCCUAGCAAAGCCAGUUCUGCCCCACUAAGCUUGGAGGACCAGAUCAGUAAAUCCAAAGGAAGCCCUGUCAAAGCUCCCAGGGACAGCACUGCAGAUCAGGAGCCUGGAGAAGAGGGGCAGUCUCAAGCUAAGAUGGGGUCAGUUUGUGGGGGUGGACGGUGGAGUUCAAGACACUUUGUAGGGAGAAGAAGUACAGGGACUUUCAGAGGAAUUGGAAAAGAAAGGCUGGCCAACAGGCUUAGAAUGCGUGAAUCUUCUAGCACAGGGACAGUGUCUGAGCUGCUGUCCAGCCAUGAGGAUCUGGAAAACACAGGAGACCUGCAGAUGAACAUGAUAACUCUGGCAGAGCACAUAAUUGAAGCAACACCUGAUCGUAUCAAGCGGGAGAAUUUUGUGGCUACAGACACAGCUACUCUUGACAGCGAAGGUGUUAACAGCACUUUGAGCUGGUUGGCCAGCUACCUUGGAGAUGCAGAGAAGUUCAUAUACAACAAGCCUUUGGUUCCUUCCCCUGGCUUGGACCCUGGCCAAACCGGAGGACUGCCAGAGUUAGAGGGACCACUUGGUAAAUUAGGACUUCCCUCGCCAGCAGACUGGAGCGCUUUCCUCAGUGCCUCCCACAGCAAGGAGGAGCGGGAUUUGACCCAGCUGGCCCUAACUGACCCUGAACAAAGAGAACUAUAUGAGGCUGCACGCCAGGUUCAGAGCACCUUCUGCAAGUAUAAGGGUCGCCCACUCCGAGAGCAGCAGGAAUUGGCAGCUGCUGUUAUUCAGCGCUGUUAUAAGAAGUACAAACAGCUAACAUGGAUAGCCUUGAAGUAUGCACUUUAUAAGAAGAUGACGCUGGCCGCCAUCCUUAUCCAGAGUAAAUUCCGCAGCUACCAUGAGCAGAAGAAGUUCCAGCAGAGUCGACGAGCAGCCAUGCUGAUCCAGCAAUACUACCGCAGCUACAAGGAGUUAGGCCGGUCUAGUGCGCAGAGCCGGGCUGCUGCCGCAGUACUGGUGCAGCACAAACUUAGAAACAGUCUACUAACCAAGAGACAAGAUCAGGCUGCCAGAAAAAUCAUGAGGUUCCUGCUUCGAUGCCGCCAUAGGGUGAGAGAAUUGAGAAGGGCCAAGGACCGUGAGAGCUCGCCCAAGAGCCCUGUAGCUAUGUAA